AUGGCAGGGAAGGAGAGACGUGGAGCAGCUGCCGAUGUCGCAGCUGCAGCAGCCAAAGUGCCGCCACCACCACUCCCACUGCCGCCAAACCUUACCGUGGCACAGCUGCCCAAGCUGCUCCGCCCAACAGGCAGGCGUUUCCAAGCAGCCAGAGGUCCUGACCCUGGGGUGCAAGCGAACGAGGGAACAGCUCCAGGAGCAUCCGAGACGAACGUGGAAGUGACGGAGCCGGUGACGGGACGUGCUGGAAAUGGCGCUGCAGGGAGCCCGCCUUCCCGAGAACCUGUUGCAGAGUCGCGAGAGGAUGCAGGUCCCGCGUCGGCAUGUGGACCCCAGCAUUCCCCAGAAGCAUCUGCGAGUUCAACCUCCACUUUGAACCGGGAGGAAGAGAAUUCCGAGCGCGACCCUCUGCAUCCCGAAACCAUUCAAGCCGACUCUGGCGACGGUGCAGCUCUUCCAGCUCAGGCCGCGGCAGAAAUACGUCUUGAUGAUCAAGCUGGGCUGGGCACGACAGAUGUGGAGCCCCCGAAAGAGGUGACGCCUGACUUCCAGCUCGCUGAAGCAGUUUCGCACAUUCUCAGCGAUGUAGGUGCACUCUCGACGGAGUGUAGCAGGAUGUUCAAAGACAGCUGUACACAAGGAGAGGCAGAGAUUCUGGAUGCCGAGCAGUUGCACAAGCUUACGCAGAUGCUCAUUGACCGGUUUGGGUGUACUUCCCCUGCUACUCUGGAUCGAAUUGGUCACGUCUACGUUGCGGCCACUUCCGGCAGACUGCAGCAAGGCUUGGCUGAGCUCGAGUUCCGCGGAUACGUCGCGGCUGUCCGGGCCUCGGGCGAAACCCCUCCUGAAGCCAGAACCCGGCAGCUCUGA